CCCUAUGUUCAGUCGAAUGUCAGAAUCUCUGUCAAGUUAAACAAUAGUCGGUUUGUAUUCGUAGCUCAAUAAUAAUUAUUUCCGAAAUUUCGUCCUAAAAGUGCCCCCAGACACUUUGAGAGGUUUAUAGUUAAUGGCAUUUUUUAUUUAGACAUCCAGUAAAAUAUCCAGAAUGAGGACUAAAGGGUGCACAGCACUGCUUCUGGUGGCGCUAGUCGCAACUUGUUAUUCACAGGAAACUGAUGAUGAAGUUACAAUAGAAACAGUCGAAGAUACAGACAUUCCAUAUGAAAGUCCCACCCCUUUAGACUCGUCGAAAGUCUAUUUUGCCGAUCAUUUUGAUAGUCCGUCUGCAUUCGACAAAACUUGGGUGAAAUCCGAAGCGAAAAAAGAAGGGAUUGAAGAUGAAAUUGCAAAGUACGACGGCCAAUGGGGCAUUGAGUCGCCACAAAAGGAUGGCCUGAAGGGCGAUUUGGGGCUGGUUCUCAAAUCGAAGGCCAAACACUCUGCCAUUUCCGCCAAUUUAAAGCGGCCCUUCGUUUUCAAAGACAAACCGCUGAUUGUUCAGUAUGAGGUGCUGUUGCAAGAAGGCCAAGAGUGUGGUGGCGCCUACUUGAAACUGUUAAGCGAUAUCAGAGACACGAAUAACUUGAAGAAUUUCCACGAUAAAACGCCGUACAGCAUCAUGUUUGGACCGGAUAAAUGCGGCAACGACCAUAAGCUUCACUUUAUUUUCAAUCACAAAAACCCGAAGAAUGGAUCUGUCGAGGAAAAGCACUGCGAAAAACCAAAGGAAAGGCUGGAAGAGAGUUUUGCUGAUAAAUUACCGCAUUUAUACACUCUGAUUCUGCGACCGGACAAUACCUUCGAAAUACAGCUCGAUAGGAAAACAGUAAAGUCGGGUAGUUUGUUGGAAGACUUUUCCCCUGCAGUCAAUCCUCCCGCUGAGAUUGAAGAUCCAGAAGACAAGAAACCAGAAGAUUGGGAUGAACGGGAAAAGAUCCCAGACCCCACUGCUGUGAAGCCAGGCGAUUGGGAUGAAGAUGCGCCCGCUCAAAUUGUAGAUGAAUCUCAGACAAUCCCAGAUGGGUGGCUGGAAAAUGAGCCAAAACUGAUCCAGGAUCCCGUGGCCGAAAAGCCUACUGAUUGGGAUACGGAAAUGGACGGAGAGUGGGAAGCGCCCCUUAUUGAGAACCCUCUAUGUGCGGAUGCGCCUGGAUGUGGACCUUGGGAGCCGCCGCUAGUGAACAACCCCGCUUAUAAGGGAAAAUGGAGGGCGCCUCUAAUUGACAAUCCCAACUACAAGGGAAAAUGGAGGCCGCGCAAGAUUCCCAACCCCCACUUUUUCGAGGAUAAGCAACCUUUCAAGAUGCAAACUAUUUCUGCUGUAGGAUUUGAGUUGUGGUCGAUGUCCAAUAACAUCCUGUUUGAUAAUGUUAUUAUUACCGAAGAAGUUGAAGUAGCCGAACAUUGGGCUAGCGCGACAUUUGACAAGAAAAGGCAGAAAAUCGCCAUCGAAUCUGAUAGUGUAGUUCAAAAGCUAGCUAAACUAACUGCAGACUAUCCAAUAUUGUGGGCAGUUUAUAUAAUCGUGCUAGGUAUCCCAGUAGUAUUUAUUUUGUAUCUUUGCUGUAAACCAUCAGCUAGCCAGAAACAGGAGACUGAAGAACUUGCAGAGGCAGCUAUGAAAAAGAAGACUGAUGAACCAGCAGAAGCAGAAGACGCAGCCGUGCCUGAAGAAGCUAAAACUGCCGAGGUGAACGAGGUGGAGGAAGAGGACAAAGAUUCUGGAAAGGACGACGAAGACGCUGAGAAGAACUCGAAUCCAGAUUCCGAUGAAGAUAACGAAGCUGUAGAAACAAAUCAGGUAACUGAAGCGGGAGAAGGGACCAGAAAGCGGAAAGUUCGCAAAGAUUAAAAAAGAGCUGCAAAAGUCUGUAUUUAUUUCGAGUAAUUUAUCUAAAAUUAAGGUCGAUUUCGAUGUAGGCAAUUUGAUAAUAAAUUAACGUACCGCUAGACGUACAUGUGGUGUAUUGAAUUCACUCAUAGCGAUGUACAGGAUUUGUAAAACGAUUUUUCACCUAACUUUGUUAAAUUUAUCAAGCACUUUUUUUGUUUAUCACUGUGAUGAUAGUUCAUAAUCUUCUAGUCGUCGGGAGAAGGGAAUUUUUCUUUUCACGCCAACUUAAGGUUGCUGCAUGAUCCUGUAUGUUUUAUUUUAAAGGCAAUGUCGUUGCUUUUUCUUGUACACUGAACCGUUUUCUUAAACCAUUAUAUCUGAAGAGCUAAUAUUAAACGCAACGAUACUGUGUUCACUGUGUUCUUUGUUUGUUAAUAAAAAGUUAAAAUGCA